CGAGCGCGAAGACUUCACUGUGUUGCUAUUCAGAUUCUGUUCCGGUGCUGUGUCUCUCAUAGCAUUACAUGCACGUGUAUUCAUUAGAAAAUCAUGUAAUCUACCCAAACCCAUAUCAGAUGUAUUGCUUAGUCGCACUGUACGGACGUGUAGUGUGAACCUCAAACGUAAACUAAUGAGGUCGGUCGAUUUCACACUGUUUAUCAUUAUCACCGAUAACUUUAUCAAGUUUAUAAGUACUUUAUAUGAAACAUUUUAGUGUUUACAAGAUAUCCUAUUCGAUCUAAGUAUAGAAAAUCGCUUUGAAUAAUUUAUCUAAAUGUUACCGUCAAAGAUGCAAGUUAACAAAAAGUUGCUACCCAUCAAGGGACAUUUUUUCUUCUUUAAUGCAGGUACAGCGCCAUUGGUUCCAUACUUAUCAACUUAUGCACGCCAACUAGGAUUCUCAUCUGCAACAGUAGGAUUAAUUUAUACAGUAUUACCUAUUUUCGGUCUUAUCGCCAAACCAUUAUUUGGAGUCAUUGCUGACAGGUUUAAAAAGCAAAAAAUUAUAUUUAUAUUAUUCCAAAUAAUAACCAUAAUCAGUUUUGGUUCCAUAUAUUUGAUACCAGAAAAUAGAAACUGGACAGUAGAAUUAGACUGUGAUGGUGGAUUUACUUAUCUGCAGAGUUGUUACAAAAGUAAAGAUUCUGUUGACAUGUGCAAAGUCAGUUCGCUGAGUAACCAAAGUUCCGACGCUACUGCAAUUUGUGAAAUGAACUGUGAUAUGACCUCACCCAAAAUGUGGCAGACGGUGUGCGAACAUUGGCAUCUACCUCAGUAUUGCUACAGUGAAACUAACAACAUACAAUACUCCUCAUCUGUCAGCAAUGUAACUUUGAACACAGAUAACUGUGCUUACAUUAUAGCUAAUAAUGUGACCAUGGAUGGUCAUAUAUUCAGUCCCCAAUGUAGGCUUGGUGGUGAAUAUGUCGAUGUUAAUGAACCUUGCACGUUCAAGUGUAACAAUACGAAGCUCUCCACUGCUAUAGGAACAGGGAAAGUGAAUAUGACAUGUGUGGAUAAAAAAAUUAACUACAAACUAUGUUCUAACAACAGUGCUCAGCUUACUGACCUGACCAAGCAACCGUUAAAUAGUGAAUGUGAGGCGUCAUGCGAUCUCGACGUGAAUAUGCCUUGGAGGCUAAUGGAAAUAUGCGAAUGGUGGAAAGCCGACACGACCAGCUAUUGUCAACCAAAAACGAAACUGGGUGAAGAGUUCCCUAAAAACCUGUCCUUCACUGGAAUAAUAUUGCUGGCGCACACAUCAGCAGAAGACGAAUGUGUUUAUAUGCGACUUAAUCAUAUCGAACUGCCUGAUGGCAAUGGUCAAGUGACAACUCAUUAUCCAAACUGCGAAUCAAGAGCUCUAUACGCCUUGAAAUCUGAACUGUUUCGUUCUUCCUGCGAAAUACGCUGUAACAAUGCUGUGGUAAACGAGUUAAUGGAAGGAGCAUCUGAAAGCAGGGCCGAUAGCAGUAAGGAAUACACCUCCCAAUUCUGGCUGUUCUUCUUAUUGAUGAUACUUAGUUGGAUCGGACAAGCCGUGGUAGUCACCUUCGCUGACGCUAUCUGCUUCAACCUACUAGGACCGAAAGUUUCCUUGUAUGGAAAACAAAGACUGUGGGGCUCCUUCGGUUGGGGUAUUUUCUCCCUGUUGACCGGCGUCCUUAUAGAUUUGUUCAGCGACGGAGCUUACAAAGACUACACUAUCGCAUUCAUACUCAUGUUUGUGUUCAUGGUCGGCGACGUUGGUGUGUCAUGUUUUGUAAAGACUGAUUCGACUAAGAUGUCUAUGAACAUUUUGGCUGACGUUGGCACACUAUUAUCGUCUUUACCAACAUUCAUAUUUUUAUUAUGGACGAUAGCAGUAGGAAUGUGCACUGGUCUACUUUGGCAAUUCUUAUUUUGGCUCAUUGAAGACAUAUCGGGCCUCAACUGUGAUGGCGCAGCUUAUAUAAAAACCCUGCAGGGAUUAGUCAGUGCAAUACAGACAUUUGGUGGAGAAAUUCCUUUUCUAUUCGUCAGCGGUUAUGUACUCAAAAAAGUUGGUCACAUCAAUAUGAUGAGCUUAGUCCUGCUGGCGUUUGGUGUAAGGUUUAUAUUAUACUCCUUCCUGGCUGACCCCUGGUGGGUGCUGCCUAUUGAAAUGCUACAAGGGAUAACGUUUGGCAUGUUCUACCCGACAAUGACGUCCUAUGCCACAAUUGUUUCGCCACCCGGUACAGAAACAACAGUGCAGGGUUUGGUAGGAGCUGUAUUCGAAGGCGUCGGAACUUCUUUAGGAAGUUUUAUAGGAGGUCAACUGUACGGAACUUACGGAGGGUGGAUAACUUUCCGUUCAUUCGGUAUCGGCGCUCUAGUGUGUUGUGGAUUGAACUGGUUGGCUUUCUUCAUCCUAAAGGAUAAAAUUGGCCAUGCCAGAGUGCCUACAGGUUACUCAUCUGUAAUCCGCUAUGAACAACCAAACGAUAUGGUCUAUAUGUUGGAGGAUAUGUCUGAAGGAAGAUCGUUAUAGUCAGUAUAAAAAAUAGUAUGUACAUUGUAGGUAAAAAAUUGUAUCUUAAGUAGGGCUCAAGGAGCUAAAUUGUAAUUUUCCUGACAAUGCGUUAGUUACUAUGUAAGUUCUGUGAUCAUAUACAUUUGUGCUAUUUUGAUAAAAAAUGUAUACUAACAUGAUAGCAAAAAAAAAAACUGUGAAACAGUUGGUCGUUACACUCCGCGGGCGACGAGGGAUAAGGCAACCGAGGUGGCUGUACGAUUCGCUCGGGACGGAACGCUAUGCCGUGGGCUAUUUUCAACAUUCCAAACUUUAAGCGCGAGUAUUUAUUUCCACAUAAGUCCGACAUAUUUUUAUUGAAUUUAAGUAUUAUAAUAAAAAAGUACCUUCUUACGGUGAGCUGCACAUCAAAGCAAAUCUUCGAGGUGUUUGAUACCAGGGGCGCAAGCAAUUUCACGGCUGAUUAUGGUUUGGUUAGGUAUAUGCUUACAGGGUGGAUCACAAAAAAUCGAGCUACAUACAAAGGGUAUAAUCGAGCUACAUACGAGGAAUCUAGAAUGUGUGGCUUGAUGUUGUUUAUCAAUGCAAUAUAUAAAUAUUUUGUUGUUGCAAGUUGGAAAAAAAAUAUUUUACAAAUUAAGAUUUCUUGUAGUAAUAAUCUACUAAAGGAGUUCAAUAUUUGGCGGUUAAAUAACUUUAUUGAAUUUUAAGGGAUUGUCCGGUUAUUUUCUUAAAAGUGGUUUGCUAUGAUUAAGCUAUACAAGAUCAAGACACAGUACCUACAUUUUAGUCUGAUACCAACUUCUCCUGUGAUUUAGGCAUUCUCCUUUAAGACAAAGCAAAGAAUGCAUAAAUAAUCGUAUCCCUGUGAAGUAGUUAUUUUGAAUUAGUCUCUUAGUUGUAGGUAUAGGUACUUAAUUAGAUAUAAGAUGGGUUUUGUUUGCAGGGUGUGUUGGUUUUUGUCUUUUUAUUUAUUAUUGCCUGUACCGUAAAACGGGGUGAAUAGCAAUUAUUUUCAACUUGGACAUAUAAAUUCGUCAGUAAUGUUAUAAAACAAUCUCUGAUUUUAUUGUCCCCGGCACUACAAGGUUAGAGCUGGAACGAGUUUUUCGUUUAGCUAUAGGUAAGUGUGGAAUUUCAAGAUUAAAAUAAAAAAUAUAUGUACUAUUUCUAUUUAUCCAACGAUUGGGGUCAAUGAAGAAUCGUCAAGAACUACGGUUGCCACAUAGUACUGUUAACCAUCAAGCAUCAAAUUUAUAUUAUAUGGUCAUUUCAUAUUUAUUUAUGGCAUCACCGGUUCGACGUAAUCACGUUCGGCUAUCGUUGAGGAACAUCGCUGGGACUUAAUCUCUAUAAGUAUAUGCUGAGCGAGGGCCGUAUUGCUUCGAUCAACAGUAGCAUUGUUGACCGAAGCCGCAAUGUACUUGAAACGCAUGUUACCCCAUCAUGUUUUAUUAUUUCUUGUUAUUUAUUGCGUAUAUGUGAACGACUCCAACCAUGCUAUUAACGCAUGUUAUUUCUUUCUUCUUUCAUGCAAAAUUAUAGGUUGUGUGUCAAAAAAAUGUUUUGGUUUGUAAAAUGCUAAAUUAAAGUGUUGUGAUUUAAUCAAUUUAUGCAUAGGUAUACCUAAACAUAACAAUUAUGUUUGUAUUUGAACAGAUUCUAUUUUUACGGUAUGUUUUUAUGUAUUUCUAUUCAAUAAAUGGAACAAGAUGUGUA